GUGGCGCCUCGUAUUGGCGAUGCCCGCAUUAUUGCACAUGGCAGCAUAUAAGUCGAUAUUAGUUAAAACGGUUCCCUUCUCUUCUCUGUGGAUGUGUUUCGCGUUCAUUGGUCGUCGUCGGUGAUGUGUCAAGUCAAAACAAUCGGACUUGCCGGACAUUAUCGCAGCUUUUUACGGUGAAAAUAUUCACUUUUCUGGCGUAAUUCGUUUGAAUAUCAGUAGUUUUUCGAUUCUUGAAAUCGGGAAAACUGCUUCCCGCAGGAUAGUGCGUGUAAUUUCGGCGGAAUCAUUUGGACUAAGAUGCCGUUUUCUGCUUAGUGUUGGUGUUGUUUGAGGUUACAAAGUUCCAUAGCUUUACACGAUCAAUAAUGGAAAAAUAUCACUAUUUGCUGCUUGCCGUGGUCUGCUGGCUUAUGACCGGAGUUUACUGUGAGUCCAAGAGCCAUCCCAUCACGACUCAACUGUCGGCAAAAUGGGGCAGAACGCCUGUCCAGCUGGAGAUUGCCGAGUUCAUCGAAGAAGAAAACGCGCACCUUUUCUGGGAUUACAUCGAUUUGCUCAGCAAAAUUCCUGGCGGACUUUAUUCGAUUGAUACCGAAGAAGGACGGUACCGAAAAGCCAUACAACUUGCCGAAACCCUGCUGGGAGUUGGUCAGACCAAUUUACUCAAGUUGGCGCUUUCGUUGCAUAGUUUUUCGCCAAAGGUACAGGCACAUCUGCAAAUCGGCCAAGAAGUGCUAAAACAGGGAGACUGUGAUACGUCAGCAUUCGUAAGCGUGGGAGGGAAGGUAGCGUGUGAUCAAACUGAGCUCAGAAGCAUUCUCAAAUCAUCCGACAAAGAUCAAGCCAACGUUGAGACGUACAGCCUGGACCACAUUUACUCAGGCUCGGAGAAUAACUCCCUGACGGCGAUCCUUUACGCUCAAAUUGGCACAACACAGUUUAAGGAUUUCCACGACGUGCUCAAAGCGGAAGCCGACACAGGCAAGGUAAAGUACGUGUUUCGACACUUUGUCAAGAAGAUAUCGAGCAAAAAGAUGAGACUGUCCGGUUAUGGCGUAGAACUGCACCUCAAAAGCCAGGAGUACAAAAGCCAGGAUGAUUCUCCUAGACAGCAGGAACAGGAAGCGAUUGUAAAUGAUGAUUCUCUCGAAUCCGAAGUUGAAGGAUUUGAUUUUAUCAAACUUAAGGGACGAUUUCCGCAUCUAUCUCACUCGCUUGACCGGUUUCGUAAUGCUUUGCUAGAGAAACACGAAGAAAUUGCUCCCCUCAAAGCGUGGGAAUUUCAAGAACUGGGUCUUCAGGCGGCACAACGUAUUGCCCAAAUUCAAGGCGAAGAAGCUCUUCAAAUAUUGCAAUUCACCGCCCAGAACUUUCCAACGCAGGCCAAGUCAUUGCUGGGGCAAACCGUUUCGGAAGAUUUCAAAAAAGAGAUGAAACACAACAUUGAAAUUUUGGGCCGCAACUUGAAUCUUCAGCCGCCAGAUUCCGCACUUUUCCUCAACGGUCUAUUCUUUGAUGCCGAUACGAUCGACACAAUCACGCUGCUCGAUACCCUGAGAACCGAAAUGCGCGUACUGGAAGGUCUCAACAAGAUCAACAUCCGCGGAAAGACGGCAACGCCUCUUCUCGGGCUAGAUUUGGCGUCCACUGCAAAGGAGUUUGCGAUCGACAUCCGAGACUCGGCCAUUACGUGGAUCAACGAUCUGGAAAACGAUGCACAGUACAAACGAUGGCCGGGCAGCGUAAUGGAUCUGCUACGACCGACGUUCCCGGGAAUGCUGCGAAAUAUUCGCAAGAACCUUUUCAACUUGGUACUGGUGAUUGAUCCCACUGCGGACGAAAGCACCGGCAGAGACAUCGUCAAACUGGCCGAAAGUUUCGUCGUGCAUUCCGCUCCUGUUCGCGUUGGGCUUGUCUUUGACACGCGAGGAUCUGCCGAGGAGAAGGAUUACCGAGCAAUUACCUGUGCGUUCAACUAUGCCCAUCAAAAGAAGGGUUCCACCGAUGCGCUGGGAUUUUUAACGGAUCUUUUUUCCACCACACAAAAACGCCAAAUCAAACACGAGGACGUGAGGAAGCAGCUGAAGAAAUCAUUUUCAAAGCUCAAGAUGGAGGAAAUCGACGAAAUCAUCGGGGAGGAUUCCGACUUUGAUUACGGUCGCCAAUUGUCGCAAGAGUUUGUCGGUCGGCUGGGACUUAAGGCAACACCGCAGGCACUGUUGAACGGAGUUUUGUUGCCACAAAAUACUCUCAACUCGGACGAUUUCGAGGAGACGAUUCUGACGGAAAUUAUGCAGCAAACUCCAACAAUUCAGAAAGCGGUCUACAAAGGCGAUCUGAAUGACGGAGAGCCGGUGAUUGAUUUCCUGAUGAAGCAACCCCACGUAAUGCCACGGUUGAACCAACGAAUUUUAUCUACCGAUGAGCCCACGUUUCUGGAUGUGUCCGGAAAUCCCCACCCGGAUCUCGAGGAUGUUUCAGCAUUGGCGCAACUAUCAAACUCGGACCUGACCGCGACCUUGAUGAAGAAUCUCAAGUAUAUGGGUGGCAAAUCUACGUAUGAGAAAUUUUUGGGCCACCGCUUGCACUUCCACACCGUGUGGGUUGUGGCCGACUUGAAGCAACCGAGUGGGCGCAAGCUGUUGAAGAAUGCCGUUCGAUUUAUGAAAUCAACCAGCGGAACACGCGUUGCGUUCAUUCCAAAUUCUGACGGAGCCGAUGCGAGUAGGUCUGAGGCGAAAAAGGAUCUGAACGCUCUGGCUUGGGCUGCCAUCAACACGCUUCAACCGGAUGAGGCAACCGAGCUGAUUUUGAACUUGCUGAAGCUAGCCGACGAAGAAAAGCAGUACGAUGUCCCGGAGUCGGUUUCAGGAUUCUUGCCAGCCACGCAGGUUCACCUGAAAAUGCUUCGCGUUUACUGCCAGCGAGUGUUGAAAAUGAAAGCGUCCAAAAAUGGACUGGUUGCAAAUGGGCGAGUGCUGGGUCCGUUCGACGAGGAAGAAUAUUUCGAUUCGGAAGACUUUGGACUGCUGGAAAAGUUUAUCAAUUUGCAGUACACAGAUAAAAUUCGACGCGCGCUGAAGGAAGCUUCAUCGGACGAGGACAACGUGGAGGUGACCAGCGAUACGAUUUUCAAGCUGGUCUCCAUCCUCGUGCCCCGACAGCAGUCAAAGUCUCGGUUUGCAAUUCCGUCGGAAAUCCAGGACAAUCACACCGUCGUGAAGCUGCCACCCAAGUCGAACGAUUUGCCAUUCUUCGAGAUCGUCGCCGUGCUCGAUCCCGCCUCUAGGGGUGCCCAAAAGCUGUCAUCCCUGCUGGUUCUGCUGCGAAAUGUAAUCAACUGCCACGUUACGUUGAUUCUGUGUGCUGUUGACCGACAUAGCGAUAUGCCCAUAAAAACCUUUUAUCGCUUUGUGGUUGAACCCGAACUGCAGUUCACUGCCGAUGGGAAGCUAUCGCCGGGACCGUAUGCCAAAUUCGUUGGCGUUCCAGCGAAUCCAUUGCUCACGCAGAGUUUGAAUGUUCCAGAAAAUUGGCUCGUGGAAGCGGUUCGUUCGGUUUAUGAUUUGGACAAUAUCAAGCUUUCCGAAAUCAACGGACCAGUUCACAGCGAGUACGAGCUGGAAUAUCUGCUGCUGGAGGGGCACUGUUUCGAUACCACAACUGGGUCACCGCCGAGAGGGCUGCAGAUUACACUGGGAACCGAAGAGCAGCCCAUCGUAGUGGACACGAUCGUGAUGGCCAACCUGGGAUAUUUCCAACUGAAGGCAAACCCUGGGGCAUGGAUAUUGAAGUUGCGUCACGGUAAAAGCGCCGAUAUUUACGACAUUACCAGCGCCGACGGUCCCAACACGAUCCAUUCGGCUGAAGACGGUACGCGGGUUGUGAUAAGUUCGUUACGUUCGCACGUGUUGAAACUGCGAGUCACGAAGAAGCCAGGCAAAGCAAACGCCGAUCUGCUAAGUGACGACAAGGAUUCGCACGGUGGCAUUUGGGACUCGAUAAGCUCGAUUGUCGGAACGGGAGAAAGCCAAGAUCAGGAAGUGUUGAACAUCUUCUCGGUUGCUUCGGGUCAUUUGUACGAACGACUGCUUAGAAUCAUGAUGCUGUCGCUGUUAAAGCACACGAAAACUCCGGUCAAGUUCUGGUUCCUGAAGAAUUACCUGUCUCCGCAGUUUAUCGACUUCUUGCCGCACAUGUCAGAAGAGUACGGUUUUCAGUACGAGCUGGUCCAGUACAAGUGGCCGCGGUGGCUGCACCAGCAAACUGAAAAACAGCGAAUUAUCUGGGGCUACAAGAUUCUCUUCCUGGACGUGCUGUUUCCGCUUGACGUGAAAAAAAUCAUUUUCGUCGAUGCUGACCAGAUCGUUCGAGCCGACAUGAAGGAACUGAACGACUUCGACCUGGGCGGUGCCCCGUACGGAUACACGCCGUUCUGCGAUUCGCGUCAGGAGAUGGAAGGUUUUCGCUUCUGGAAGCAAGGCUACUGGAAGAACCAUCUGCAAGGCCGGAGAUAUCACAUUUCAGCGCUUUACGUGGUCGAUCUGAAACGCUUCCGGCGGAUCGCUGCGGGUGAUCGCAUCCGUGGCCAAUACCAAGCCCUUAGCCAGGAUCCCAACAGUUUGUCCAACCUGGACCAGGAUCUCCCGAACAACAUGAUUCACCAGGUGGCCAUCAAGUCGCUGCCACAGGAGUGGCUCUGGUGCGAAACCUGGUGCAGCAGUGAAACGCUCCAGCAUGCCAAAACCAUCGAUCUCUGUAAUAAUCCUCUCACGAAGGAGGCUAAACUUACCGCAGCCCAGCGAAUCGUGCCAGAGUGGAAACUCUACGACCAGGAAAUCAAGCGACUGCAGGCCAAGGUCGACGAGCUCGAGCAUGAAGAAGGUCAAAAUUUACAUUCCGAAGAAAAUUCAACCAAAAACGAAGAGGGAGGUCAACACACUGAGCUGUAAAUGUAGCCGAAGGUUUAAAUGUAAUUGUAACUAUAGUUCCGAUUCCGAGCGCCAACCUUCAACUCUCAAGAACCUUUCCUUUGCUGUAAUUUAAAUGCGGUAGCGAAAAGAGAAAACGGUUCUACUUCUAGUAGGAAAAAAGGUGCAAAAAUUUAGUAUUUUUCCUUUUCCAAUUUGUUUUAAAAGACAAGACUUAGCUUGUGUGGUUCGAAUUGCCGCUGAUUUCAAUAAAGCGAAUGAAACGAAAACUUUUAGAAUAUCA